AUGGAAGUAUCAGUCCCAUCAUAUCCAUCAGUGGGCAAUCCAGUUUCCUCUUUUGGGAACGAAAAUGUUGAGAAUUUAGACGCCGGUGAAGAGGGCAUUGUUGAGAUCUAUACUUCUUUGAUUCAGCAGUAUCUCUCUGUCAUGUGUGUUGACAAUGCCAUUUUCUUAGCAGAGCGCUUUGUGGCAUGCAAGAAGUCCAACGACUCUCAGUAUUUGCUGGCUCUCUGCCACCAUCGAGCUGGUGCACCGAAGCGUGCUCUUGGAGUGUUGGAAAACUGUCAAGACGUUUCGCCCAAAAUUCAGUACUUGGUGGCAAAGUGUUGCUUGGAGCUGGGUGACUAUGGCCGCGCCGAAGAAGCAUUGCUCAAUUUUGCAAGACAAGAAUACCGAAAAUCAAGAGGCAAUAGCCUUCCCUCUGUUGCCGACAAUUCGCCUCAAGCCAUGGACAAUUGGAUCGUCACCACCACUCCUUGCCCCAUUCCAAAUGGUGCUGCUGGUCUCCAUAUGUUGGGGAAUAUUUGCCGUGCAUCAAAUCGCAAAAAUCGGGCCAAGCAGUACUACAGAAUGUCUCUAAAGUUGGAUCCAUUUCUCUGGUCUAGUUAUGAGUAUUUGUGUGAACUUGGCGGUGCUGACGACCUUGAACCAUCCAGUGUUUUUGGUGUUCACCCCCCUCAAUUCGAAGCCGUCAAACCUCUUCAGGAUCGCAGCAUUCUGUCGCCUAGUAGUUUCACGUUGAAUUCGGUGACGCCAGCCAACGUACGAUCCUUUCAACAUUCAUUUGGUGUUGGGACACCCUCCACUACACCAGCCGCGGCUCUCUUUACGAGUGCCACCACACGAAAGAAAUUGUCUCGGUUUGAAACCCCCGGAUUGACCCCAAUUCCUGCCAGUACUUCUGUCCUGGGCAUUACUCCAGCAGAUGCAGAUGACUCCAAAGUGCUGAUGCGGGCUGGACAAGUAGCGGCCAGGCUCUACUAUCAACCGUCUCCGGAGACACCGCACACUGCAGAAAUCAGAACCUCAUUGCAAUAUCUUCGUGGCCUAGGACGCCAAGUUGAAACGGAGUCGGCAUCUGGCACAGGCGACACUCCUCUUCGUCGAGGGGGUGGCAUGAGAGAACAGAACGCAACAGACCAAUCUGCCAUGUCAUCUUCCUUUUCCAGGCAACCAAGAGCUUUGUUCAUGUCCACGGAUAACAGCACAGCAGAAGAAACAGACCGCGUCGAUCAGCAGCAGUUUUCGGGUUCCGAGGGGAGCCAUGCUUUCGAUGGGGAUUUGAGUGUUCCAGCAACAAAACAGGAAGGUAUUAGGGAAAUCCUAGGAUUGCUGUGCCUCAUUGGUUCAGCUUGGCGAAGGCUGUGCCAGUAUCGCUGUCGGGAAGCGUUGAAGAUCUUCAGCCGGCUGCCCCAAACACAGCAACAAACCGGGUGGAUCCUCCAUCAGCAGGGGCGAGCCCAUUUUGAGAUGAAUGACUUUCUAGGUGCAAGUCGUUGCUUGGAACUUAUGCAAAGUGUGGAGCCACAUCGCAUGAAAGGCUUGGAUCUGCUGUCCACAGUGUAUUGGCAACUAAAGAAGGAAGUUGAAUUGGCCCAUUUGGCUCAGAAAACGGUCGACUUUGACAACAAGUGUCCCGAGGCAUGGUGUAUUGUGGGAUAUGAAUUCACAGCUCAGGAAGAUUUCGACAAGGCAAUUGCUUGCUUCCGGAACGCAAUCAGAUCUGAUGAUCGCCACUACAAUGCAUGGUAUGGACUUGGAGCUAUCUAUCAUCGACAGGAGAAGUAUGAUCUGGCAGAGUAUCAUUUUGAGAGGGCAUCAUCGAUAAAUCCCCAGAGUUCUGUUUUGCGAUGCAAUUUAGGAAUCUCCCAGUUUUCAAAUGGGAAGGCAUAUCUGGCCUUGGCCACACUCGAAGAAGCCUUCCGUCUCGACCCUCGGAACCCACAGGCGAGAUUCCAACGUGCCACUAUCUUUUCUGCCUUGAAUCGCCCUGCUGAAGCAUUGAGAGAACUGGAGAAGGUUCGCAAUGCAGCUCCUCGUGAGGCUACCGUUCACUUUGCAAUUGGCAAAAUGCUGAAGCGAUGUGGAAGGCUGGAAGAGGCGAUGAAAUCUUUCCUUACAGCGAUGGACUUGGAUCCAAAGGACUCCCAACUCAUCAAGAGUGCGAUGGACAAGCUAGAAGAACCAGACGUAGAUGAAGGUGUUGCUGGUGAGCAGUGGUGA